ACUCAUGUGAUUCGAUCAUGGAUUUAGAAGUGGUGUAGUGACCAAAGGAGUAGAAGAAGCAAUUUCCUCACGUGGCUCCUCUGUCAUAAGAAAUUGAAGCCCAGACAUCUAAUAGGAUUCACGAUGGCUCAAAGUACAUUUCCAAGGUUUCCUCGCGGCAGACUCUCUCAGAGACUGCUCGACUGCCUUCAAAACAAUUCGGUAUUUUUGCAGGAAAAUUUGGAUGCGGUUUCUAUAGUCAACGAACUGUAUGCCAAUAUGAUCUUAGAUGAAAACGAAAGAGAAAAUAUCCUAGGACUGGAAAGUUGUCGAAAUUCUCGUCAAGAGCAAAGCCGCCGCUUAUUGAGCAAACUCACCAUGCGAACAGACAGAGGUUUUAAAGCAUUUUUGCAAGCUUUACGUGACACUCGCCAUGAAGGUGCUUUCAGAAGAAUCCAAGAAUGGCUGAGUAGCAACAUGAGUAGCUCAUCGGACACAAGGGUUGAAACACAGGAAGAUACUUCAGCAGAAUCUGAACACCCUGAACUACCCUCACCGAUUCAGCCAAGCAAGAAGCUCUUAGCCAGCUCCAAGGUCGUAUUGGACAUGUUGAAAACAGACUGGACAUCCUAAGUACUCGAAUGACUAGGCUGGACCCUACAUCUUCGCAGCAGCAACAGAAAGAUGAAGCAGACGAGCUUCGCAGAAAACUGGAAGAAGCCAGACAAGAAAUAGAAAAUCUGAAGCACCUACUCGACUACAAAUCGCAGGAUCUCGAAAAAGCUUUUGAAGAGGUAACUAAACUAGAGGAGCAUAUCACAAAACUGAAAGAAGAGCAGAAAGAACUAGAAGACAAACUACGCAUGGAAAAAAAACUGCGGAAAGAUCUGGAGAAACAAAUUAAAAAUCAUGAAAAGAAAAUGAAAGAGCAAGACGAUAAGAUAAAAAUCCAAGACAUCACAAUAAAGGACAAGGCGAAGAAAAAUAAGAUUGAUAAAAACAAACUCUUAGAGCAAAUGCACAACAUGGAAAUCAAACUGACUGAGGAAAUGAAAAGACAACAGCAGGAACACAGAAAAGAGAUAACAGUUUUAGCAAAAUCGUUCCAGAAGUUAGCAACUCAGUUUGAAGACCAGAACAAGAUCGUGCAUGAAGUACAGAAAAAGCAGUCUGAGAAUGAGCAGGCCUCAAAAUCUACUAACCAGGUGAAAAAUGUUUGCAAAGUGCAGCUAGUAGACCCUGCCAAGUCGUCAGGUCAAAGACAAAGACAGACGACCCACAAGCCAGUGACAGCAGCAAUGACUUUUUCGAUGAAAGACAACACAUCGAAAAGAAAGUGACAGACUGCCUAAGUAUGAUGUUUGUACUCUCUAAUAAACCUCAAGUGUUACAGGAAAGAACGAACACCAAACUGACCUUGCUAUUGGAAGAAAUCCAA